GCAGCAGCGGCGGCGGCGGGAGGCUCGCCGGCUGCCAGGGGGAGCGGCGCGCCCUGCUGCCCUGCCUGCUGCGGCUCGCCCGGCGGCGCUGGCUCUCGUCACUCUCCUCAGCUUUGUCUCCCGCUUCCACCGCCUGCCGGAGCCGCCGCACGUCUGUUGGGAUGAAACUCAUUUUGGGAAGAUGGGAAGUUACUACAUUAAUCGGACCUUCUUCUUUGAUGUCCAUCCCCCACUGGGGAAGAUGCUGAUUGGACUUGCUGGUUACCUUAGUGGCUAUGAUGGUACAUUUCCUUUCCAAAAACCAGGUGACAGAUAUGAGCAGCACAACUACAUGGGAAUGAGAGGGUUCUGUGCAUUUCUUGGCUCCUGCCUGGUUCCCUUUGCCUACCUCACAGUGUUGGAACUGUCAAAGUCACUACCAGCAGCCUUACUCACAGCUUUCCUCCUUAUUUUUGAUACAGGCUGUAUUACCUUGUCCCAGUAUAUUCUCCUGGAUCCCAUUCUGAUGUUCUUCCUCAUGGGAGCUGUUUUGAGUAUGGUGAAGUGUAACAGCUGUGCAGAUAGGCCGUUUUCUGCCUCCUGGUGGUUCUGGCUGAGCCUGACUGGUGUGAACCUUGCUGGAGCAAUGGGGGUAAAGUUUGUUGGCCUUUUUGUAGUCCUUUUGGUUGGCCUGAACACAAUCUAUGACCUAUGGGACUUGCUGGGUAACCUCAGCUUGUCACUGGUCAUGCUUUGGAAGCAUUUACUGGCUCGUGUACUCUGCCUCAUCCUGCUCCCGCUUGCCCUCUACGUGGCUAUAUUUGCUGUUCAUUUUACAGUAUUAAAUAAAAGUGGCCCUGGAGAUGGUUUCUUCAGUUCAGCAUUUCAGUCCCAGCUGAUUGGAAACAACUUGCAUAACGUCUCUGUUCCAGAACACUUGGCUUAUGGGUCUGUGGUCACUGUGAAGAACCUUCGGAUGGCAGGGGGAUACCUUCACUCCCACUGGCACCUCUACCCAGAGGGCGUUGGGGCACGGCAGCAGCAGGUCACUGCCUACUUACAUAAGGAUUUGAAUAACCUGUGGAUUAUAAAGAAACCUGAUUCAGAUGCAGCAGAUCCUUCAGACUCCUUGAGCCCUGUGGAGUUCGUAAGGCACGGAGAUAUUAUUCGUCUGGAACACAAAGAAACUUCUAGAAAUCUUCACAGUCACCAGCAUGAGGCUCCUCUGACAAGGAAGCAUUUCCAGGUCACUGGAUAUGGAAUAAAUGGAUCAGGAGACUCCAAUGAUUUUUGGAGGAUUGAAGUGGUGGGCAGAAGGACUGGGAAGCUCAUCAAAGUCCUGCGGAGUCAAGUCCGGCUAACUCACGUUGCCACGGGGUGUAUAUUGGGCUCUUCUGGAAAGACCCUGCCAAAAUGGGGUUGGGAACAAGUGGAAGUCACCUGCACACCGUACCUGAAGGAGACUCCCAAUUCGCUCUGGAACUUUGAAGAUCAUAUUAACCCUAAAUUGCCCAAUAUCAGCUUGGAUGUUUUGAAGCCCUCUUUUGCAGAAAUUCUGCUGGAAUCCCACAUGGUUAUGAUCCGGGGUAACAGUGGCCUCAAACCAAAGGACAAUGAAGUUACGUCCAAGCCUUGGCACUGGCCCAUCAACUACCAGGGCCUGCGUUUUUCUGGUGUCAACGAGACCGAUUACCGGGUGUAUUUGCUGGGAAACCCGGUGAUUUGGUGGCUAAAUCUGGUCACUAUUGGAUUAUAUCUUCUAAUGGCAGUUUCCACUGCAGUUACCCUGAAGAGAGGGGUCCAGCUGACACCUGAGCUCAAAGAACUGUCCAGAAUUGUACUGCAUGGUGGAGGGCAGAUCACACUGGGCUGGCUCCUUCAUUACCUCCCUUUUUUUAUGAUGGGACGAGUUCUCUACUUUCACCACUACUUUCCUGCCAUGCUUUUUUCCAGCAUGUUGACAGGAAUCACCUGGGACACACUACUGAAGUUCUGUGCUGGAUUCUUGUCACCCAGCACCACAGCUAGAAAAGUAUAUGGAGCAGGAUUCUUGGCACUGAUCCUACUCAUUGUGUAUAGCUUCUACCUCUUCCAUCCUCUGUCCUAUGGGAUGAUAGGACCCAUGGCCUCUGACCCUAGCAGCCCCAUGGCAGGGCUCCGAUGGAUGGACUCCUGGGAGUUCUAGAGGCAGCAAAAGGAGCCUGGGAACAGCAAAUGAAGAACGUGGUGGUCUGCCACAUGUCAGGCUGGUUCUGGUGCUUUGGAGACUUAUGACUGAACAAUGCUCUCUGUGGAGAACUCUGGGUAUAGUAGCCCUGUUGUGUUGGCAUUUGCACUGCCUGCAUUGGAAGAUGCAGAGGAUGACCAUGAGAAGGUCCUUUUGAAAAGACUCAUGCUCUGAAUCUUUAGCUUCCUGGAUACCUGACUACUUAAAUCUCUGUUCUUUUGAGCAAUAUAUAUACACGUUAAUUAGACAGCAGUGGCAUUCCAGCUGUCAGAUGGGUACAAAUUAGGAGCCUGUGGGUAGCUGCAUGGUUGUCAUGCGUGUGUGUGUGUCUUCCUUCUGGUAAUCUAAGCAUCUUUCAGUUUGAGAGCCAGACAGUGUCUGAGACAUUAGGACUUCUACCAAGAUUAACAACCUGCCUUGUGAGUUUUUAGAAAGCUUCAUGUAAGUGUCUUGGUACCUCUGUUCUACCCUGCCAUACUGUACAGUUUUUUGUUCUUACCUUGAAUUUUAAAAAUUGGACUGAAAGGAGCCUGCUUGAAAUCUCCUGAGCCACUGUGCCUUACCUGCCUCACAGGCCCUCUGCAAACAGAAGGUGAAGGUUGUUUACCCCUGCAUACUGCCUUGCUUUCCAGUCACCUUUAGUCAUUUAUAAUGGUCACCUAGCAGGCCUGAACUCAGAGACAGACUUUUCCAGCUUAGCACUUUGUAGCUUCUUUGCAGCUCUGUCUGAAAUUGCUAUGGAAAUUAUAGUGGAAGUAGCAGGCAAUUUAUUUUCUGCCCUAAGUGAAGACCAGCUUAUUGGAGGUGCACUAGAGACUGAAAUGAUGGCUUUGGAGUUUUACAGACAGCUGCCAGUCAUUCCGGUUUUGAUCCCAGCUAUUCCAGUGCCAGUGGGAAAAGCAUUAUCUUAGCAAGAGUGACAUCUGCAGAGCUAGCUGUCAGUGCUGUGGUAUCUGCACACUAUUCCAGAAACCCUCACACAGAUGGCUGACCAUCAAAUUACUGUACUGAAGAAAAUCUGAGGCCAGGGAAAAAUUCUUUGUCUACUGAAUGUCAGGAGCCAUUGGAUGUUGAAUCCUCCCCUUCCAGGAAAGCAGUAUCUUGUUUAUCAGGUGCCUUUCUCCUGCGUUAGUCUAUUUUUGUAGCUGUCUCUUCUAGUCCAUCUCGAUUUCUUGUUGCUACCUUGAUGUUGCAGCAUGCAACGUGAAGGACACUUAGACCCCCGCUGUGCUCCUGUCUCAAGAAGUAGUGUUUGCAAAACUCUUGUGUGUGUGUUUCAAGGACCUCAGGCUUUUAAUUUCAGAGUUAUUCCUAUGCUUCACAGCUUUGCAUCAGAACUACACGUACAGGGAGGGCAGCAAGUGAGUAUCUUUAAACACAUAUUGUGCAUUCAUUUCUCUUGCCAAACCUUCCUGCUGCACAGAAGGGCUGUGUUCCUAGUGUUGUUCUGGGGACGAUGACAAACUUGUAUUCCUCUUUAAUAGAGAUCCAGUAGCUGCUUGCUGUUGUAAGGCUCUGGCUUGAUGUGUCGCAGCUCUCUUCAGAAGCUGACUCCUGUAGACACUAACCUGGAUGGUGUGGACCUGUGCUUUUGAUUGUGAAGGUUUUGAGUUAAUCACCUGCUGUUCAUGCAUGGUGGGAAGUCAUUGUGCUAAUUAGCUGCUGAGUUUGAUGAUACUUUUCCUGCUUGCUGUUGCAGGAAGUAUUUCCACCUGCAUGAGCCAGUGGUUCACAGAGAUGAUAUAUAGCCAAGUAGCAUGAGAAGGGAGGUAAGGCUGCAAACUUCUUCAGAUCUCCCUUGAUCUGACAGCAACUGUGAAUUGUUAACUGUUUGCAACACGGCAGGCAGAUAGUGCAGUGCUGCCUAUGUAACAGUAUGAUUCAGCAUCUUCUGUUCUUGUGAGAUUGCUGGCUUAAUACCUUGCAAUCCUGAAUAUGAACUUUAUUUAAAAUAGUCCCAUUGCCAUGAGGAGGAUUUGCCAGAAGAGCUGAUAAAAGCCACAGUGUAAGCUGUAGGGGUUUCUCCAGCCCAUACAGUCACACAUUUGCCCUUAACAGUUACAACAGAGAACACUAAGAAACUUAUGUUUUGGAAUGACAGUUUCUAACACUCUUUAUUCAUCAGAUUUCAAUCUAUGGAAAAGCAAAGACUGACUUCCUAACUUUGAGCUGUUACUGCGAAAGGGUCAUCUUUGUAGGAACUGUCUGAGGAGGAUGAUCCAGUGUGUUCCUUGGUCAGGAUCUCUGUUCUUUCUCCUGAUAAUCUUUUGGCUGAGGAUUGGCCAGCUGAAGGUGGGAAAUGCCAUACUCCUAUUCCACUUCCCUGUGCACAAGCCUGGUUUCUGUUUCAGUACAGACAAAGGUUUCUUUUUCUCUACGGCUGCCAUUUCAGAAAUGCUGAGGGUUUGGUUGGCAUCGAGGCUAACCUCGCUAUUCCACAAGAGGGAGCAACUCCAGCAGAAUGUAUAUAGGUGUGUGUAUAUGUAUAUAUAUUUUUUAAUUAAUUAAUAAUUCAGAGUUACAGCUGUUAAAAGGUCUGCAUUUGAAGACUGUAGUCUUCAGACGCUGUCUUCAUGACAUUUCAUUUGCACUCUCUGGACUCCAAGGGUUGGGGUUUCAAGUAAGUGUAAACUGAUGUUGCUCUGUUUUCCUUUGAGGAGAAAAGUACUGAAAAGCUGGUUUAGCUAGAAUUUGACCAUCAGUGUUUGCUUCUUAAAACCUGCUGCCAGGCCACAGCUGGAAUAUAAUUGUAACUGCUAUUUGUGGGGUCAAUAAAAUUAAGUGGUAGAGAUUCCUUUACUGACUUCAACAAAACGUCUGAGUGGUGCAGUUGUGAGGCAGUGGGGGCAGGGCACUCUUUGCUUUCUGAAUGCAAUUCGGUCUGCUUCAGUUUUUCCAUUUGUGCUUGAGGAAUAAGUUCAGGUUUGCUUUGAGAACUGCUUAUUAGUCCUCUUUCCUACUCGUGGGAAAUUACUAAUGGUGCUUUCUGAGACUGAAAGAUGUUCUCUGGAGCAGCUGCUGUCUUUGAACGUUGCUUGACAGAGUACUUUUAUCACUGACAAAGUAUUUCAUCGAACUGUCCAUGGAUUCAAACCACAAAAAGCUGCAGGCUGCAACACACUCUGCUUCCUUUUUUUUUUUGUCCUAAUGUGCAAACUCUAUUUUCAUCUUUUCAGUCUUUGGAGGAUAGCUAGAAGGCUGCUGAGUUUGUGUAGCUUUAUCCCAGGCAAUUCAUGCAUCUUAAAAGGUUUCUCUUAACAUUAGCUUCAGGACAUGGAUGUGCACACAGCAGCAGAAACUGUCCUGUUUCCAGGAACUGGACUGUGAGCAGGGUUUGAGUGGAGAUUCCUGUACCAAGGUUGCCUUUGAUCUAGGUGAAGCACUUUGUGCCAGGCACUGCUUACAAGUGAGAGAAGCACCACCAACUCCUGGCUGAAAAGGGGUUUUCUUUUUGCAUCUUGAUUGGAAGGGCUUAUUGACGCACAGAGGGCAUUGGCAGGAUCUCCCUUUUUGUGUCUUGCUCCUUCCUGCUGCUUCUUCAAGUGUGCCUCUCACACAGGACAUGUUUUUGCUUCCCCUCUGAUUUUUAGGCUGUUCAUCCAUUUUUUAUGGGUAGCUGAACAAGGAUCAGGACAAGACACCUCCUAGUAUCCUGAGUGGAUGAAUACCAGUCACAUGCACUUAGAGCAAAAGCACAACCUUGUGGAAAGGUAAACAAGUGCCUUAUUUGGUGGUAAACAAAGGUGUUUGACAGGUGCCCUUCCUGUCCUUCCUGUAUCUCUCAGAGAGUUGUUUUCAAGGGGCAUGAGUGAACCAGCUGUUAACACAGAAACACAUGAAAUUCUGAAUACCCAAAAUUCUCCAUUGCCACACUUGGCAGCUUCCUUUCCAGAGACCAUGCACUCUGCACAUGAGUACCAUUAUAACACUGCUUCCUUUUCUCAGGAUUCUGCUGGCAAAGUAAAAAUCUCCUUAGCUGUGCCCUGUGCCUCUGCCAGCUGGGGAAUAUAGGUAAGAAUAUUUUUUGCUCCUCUUUGUAGCAAGUGACUGCACAAAUGUCAAGUGUUAGAACAUCAUAAAGCUUUUCUGCUGGGAGAGGAAGACUGAGGAAGUGAACACCACCUCCAUAGUACACUUGCUUUUAUCAAGGGGCUGUGGGAUGCAGUCAAGACUGAAGUUUGUCUUUUGUCUUCUUUAAAGUACUAGGACUUUAGUUGAAUCGUUUGGUUAUGAAUUGCUUUACUUUCUUAACUCCUUUAUGUUUAUUUGAAUGUCACAGUGUCUGAUGUAAGGGACAUACUAGCACAAAAACACUCCUGCUGAAUUUGCAGCUGGUCUUAAAACUUUGCCAAGUAAAGGUAUUGUAUUCUCCAUCCUUGGAGAACUUGCCCUUGACUGAGCAAGUGUUUGGAGCAGCAGUGAGAGUGGCUCUCUUGUAAGUCUGUUCCAUAUUCUGAACCUUUCUUUCUAAUGCUCUGUGUGUGUGUGCAUCUGUACAUGAACUAAGAUGCAGUUACUGCAGCAUCCAGUGUGGAUGGGGGAAUGUUCCCUUGAGCUAUAAUUGUAUUUUGUACAGGUGAGGUAGAAUUUGGAAUCUAAUUUUGUAAUAAAUACCUCUUUUUCAGACAUUC